UCCUUGGAUCAGAAAUCCUUGGGCUGCAAAUGAAAAUGGAGGAUAUGUCUUUGUCUGGCCUGGAUAACAGCAAGCUGGAGGCCAUCGCACACGAGAUCUACACGGAGCUGGUGGAGGAUGCCUGCCUGGGGCUGUGCUUCGAGGUGCACCGGGCUGUCAAGUGCGGGUACUUCUUCCUGGAUGACACAGACCCCGACAGUAUGAAGGACUUUGAGAUCGUGGACCAGCCGGGCGUGGACAUCUUCGGGCAGGUGUACAACCAGUGGAAGAACAAGGAGUGCGUGUGCCCCAACUGCAGCCGCAGCAUCGCGGCCUCGCGCUUCGCCCCUCACCUGGAGAAGUGCCUGGGCAUGGGCCGCAACAGCAGCCGCAUUGCCAACCGCAGGAUCGCGAGCAGCAACAACCUGAACAAGUCUGAGAGUGACCAGGAGGACAACGAUGACAUCAAUGACAAUGACUGGUCCUAUGGCUCUGAGAAGAAAGCAAAGAAGAGGAAAUCGGAUAAGAACCCCAACUCGCCCCGCAGGUCCAAGUCCCUGAAACACAAAAAUGGCGAGAUCGGUGGGAACCCCGAUCCCUUCAAGUACAGCAACUCAGCUGGAAUCAACUACGAGACCCUGGGCCCCGAGGAGCUGCGGACGCUGCUGACCACGCAAUGCGGGGUCAUCUCCGAACACACCAAGAAGAUGUGCACCAGGUCCCUGCGGUGUCCCCAGCACACGGAUGAGCAGCGCAGGGCAGUCCGGGUUUACCUCCUCGGGCCCUCCGCGUCCCUGCCCGAGGCCGAGGGUGGCGUGGAGAACGACAGCUUCGAGGUGGCCGAGAGCCAGGCCCUCAUGAGCCGCCUGCAGUGGGACGGCUCCUCCGACAUCUCCCCCUCCGACUCGGCCUCCUCCAAAGCCAGUACAAACAACUCCGAGUCCCGCAAGACCAAGAAGAAGAAGCCACACCUGGGGCUGGUGAGCGGCGCCCCAGGGCUCGGCUCCAGCAAGAAGAAGAAGCCCAAGCCCCCCGCCCCCCACACCCCCAGCAUCUACGACGACAUCAACUGAGCCCCACGGAGCUGGGAGGGGCAGGACGGACAGAGGGACGGACAGAGGGACGGGCAGGGGCCAGGCCAGCCCCCGGGCAACCCCCGGGUACCAGAGCACGGAGGACUCGGCUGUCACUGGAAUGGGGCUGGAUUUGGGGAGCCCCCAUCAGUGCCCCCCUUCCUCCCCCCUGCCCCGGUGCCUCUAUUUAUUCUGUGACAGUUUUUGUACGUGGGGCUCCCGUGGGGGCGUCUCCCUCGGACAUGGGGGUACAGCCCCCCCCUUUCCCUCCCAGCACCCCCCCAAAGCCCCCCCACACCCGCUCCUCACUUUCCCCAGUGGGGUGGGGGGCACCUGGACACCCUGAGCAGGUCCAGGCCUGGGUCAGGGGGUUGUAAAUCCCCCCUGCCCUGGGGUUUUGGGGUGAGCCCCCCACU